GAUACAAAACAGUUCGCCAUCCGUUUAGUGUCUAGUACUUAAAAUGAGGGUCAUAUUUUUGCUGCUAUUUUUGGUGGCGCUUUGUGCUAGCAAUGCAAUUGAUAGAAAUAAUGAACCAGAACAAGAUUGGUGGCAGAAAACUAUUUUCUAUCAAAUCUAUCCUCGGUCGUUUGCUGACAGUGAUGGGGAUGGCAUCGGUGAUCUAAACGGAAUCACGUCAAAACUAGAAUACAUCAAAGAAAUUGGUGUUGGCGCUAUCUGGUUGUCACCCAUGUUCCAAUCACCAAUGUACGAUUUUGGGUACGAUAUCUCUGACUUUUACGCGGUUCACGAUGAAUACGGUACCAUGGAAGACUUCGAAGCCCUUACUGCAAAGGCUGAAGAACUAGGAAUCAAAGUUGUAUUAGAUCUUGUGCCUAACCACUCGUCCAAUGAAAGUGAAUGGUUCCAAAAAGCUCUGCAAGGAGAUGAAAAAUACUAUAAUUACUAUAUUUGGGAAGAUGGUGUCAUUGAUGAGGACGGAAAUAUGCAACCACCAAAUAACUGGCUAAGCCAUUUCCACGAUAGCGCCUGGGAAUACAAGGAAGAAGUUGGAAAAUAUUACCUCCAUCAAUUCGUAGUUGGUCAACCUGAUCUCAACUACAGAAAUCCUGAUGUCGUCGAAGAAAUGAAUAAUGUUAUUCGUUUUUGGAUCGAAAAAGGAGUUGCUGGAUUCAGAGUUGAUGCUGUAAAUUGCCUAUUUGAGGUUGAUAAAAAAUUAUGGGGCGGAAAAUAUCCCGAUGAACCACUGUCAGGAGCUUAUGAAGUUGCUUUAAAUGAUCAUUCUUCGCUCAACCACAUCUAUACAAAGGACCAAAAUGAAACUUAUUACGUUGUUUAUGAUUGGAGAGAUAUUCUCGACGAAUAUAAAGCUAAGGAUGGAUUAACCAGAAUAAUGAUGACUGAAGUGUACGCUAGUAUUCAAAAUGUUAUUAAGUAUUACGGAGAAGGCGACAGAGAGGGAGCUCAAAUACCUUUUAACUUCGAUUUAAUCACAGAUGUUGAUGGAUCAUCAUCAGCAAAUGACAUCAAAAGAGCUAUAGACAACUUUUUGACAUACAAGCCUGUUGACAAAGACGCUAACUGGGUGAUUGGAAACCACGACAACAACCGUAUGGCAAGCAGAUAUCAUCCUGAGUUGGUUGAUGGUCUUAACAUGAUCAUCUUGCUUCUGCCAGGAGUGGGAGUUACAUACAUGGGUGAAGAACUUGGUCUUGUUGAUGGUUAUGUAAGCUGGGAGGAUACCGUUGACCCCGCUGGAUGCAAUCCUAAUGAUCCUAUUAACUACGAGAACUGGUCCAGAGACCCAGAGAGAACUCCAUUCCAAUGGAGCGCUGAGAAAAAUGCAGGUUUUUCUACUGCCGACAAAACAUGGCUGCCAGUAGCCGAAGGUUAUGAGACUUUGAACGUGGAAGUGCAAAGAGCAGCUGAAAGGUCUCAUUUGAAGGUCUACCAGGCUCUGGCUGCUUUACGACAGGACCCUGUAUUCAGAUAUGGACGCUACGAAUCAUUGGCUUUAAACCAGGAUGUUUUAGCUUUCAGAAGGUGGUAUGACAAUGAAAUCUACAUCGUAGUCGUGAACACGAAAGACUCAGAAUAUGUGUUAGAUCUGACAUACUUGGAAAAUGUGGAAAAAGAUCUUGUGGUUGUGCUUAGGAGCAUAGAAUCACCGAAAAAUGAAGGAGAUCGAUUUGAAGCUAAUGCAGUGCCCAUUGCUGGUUACGAAGCACUUGUCCUCAGAAAGAAAUAAAUAAUUAUAAUGAUGAUGUUUUUAAGGAAUGAAUAUUUAAAAAGAGUUUAUUUAUUUACUUGUUUGUUACGUAAAUAAUAAAGAACUGUCAAGUUA